AUGACGUAUAAGCAGCGAAAUGUGGCUAUGAUGGGCUACCGUUCUGUAGGGAAGUCUUCCCUCAGUAUACAGUUCGUAGAAGGACAGUUUGUUGAUUCGUACGACCCUACGAUUGAAAAUACAUUCACGAAAAAGACCCGCAUCCAUCAGACAGAUUAUGAAAUUCGAUUGGUCGAUACUGCUGGACAGGAUGAGUACAGCAUUUUUCCCGCGCAGUACAGUAUGGAUUUCCAUGGUUACGUGUUGGUCUACUCGAUCACCAGCCAGCGAUCGUUCGAAGUGAUAAAAAUCAUCUACGAAAAGCUGCUCGACAUGAUGGGAAAAGCAUAUGUCCCUGUCGUAUUGGUAGGCAACAAAACAGAUCUGCAUCAGGAGCGUGCCGUGCCUACCGAAGAAGGACGAAAGCUGGCAGAUUCGUGGAAGGCACAGUUUUUGGAAACAUCCGCCAAGCAGAAUGAGUCCGUUACCGAUGUGUUCUCCCUGCUGAUUGCGCAGAUAGAGCGAGAUAAUGGAAAUACGAGUGAAAAGAGUAGCUGUACUAUUUCCUGA